AUGUCAAGUCCGAUAUCACCACCGGCCAAGGCGGCCUCACAAGAAACGCCAGCACGAACUCCCUCCCGAACUCCCCGCCGCGCAAUCAGCGCUGAGCCUUACUCUGCUCGCGCCUCUGUCCACACUCCUCUCGAUCGCACUGGCACUCGCGACCUCCGUGCCUCUCUUCGUCGCGGAACUCCUGCCUCUGCUGGUCGAUCCAAUGCGCCAACCCCACACGCCAAAGCCGCUCGCCGGCUGCUUGACCAACGCCGAACAGCAAUGUUUACUCCUGGAAAGAAUCGUAGACAAAGUAUGAUGCAACAAAGAGAAACACCCUUGGAUGUUCUGCGAAACCUUGGUCGAGCGCUAGCACCCAAAAGCCAGCCGAUUCACUACUCUUCGUCUUCAUCGCCCUCCGGAAACAAACCAAGUUCAUCGCCGGAACAUCAGGAGCAAAGCAACCUCUAUGCCGACGACGAUGAUGACGAUGAUGACGAGUUCCUCACUCGGCGGCCCAGACUUUCGUUGCCCAUGGGUGAUGAAGAUGCUUCUAGUAUGAGCUCGGAAAUACCUCCGCCACGACUGUCACAAUUAGACGAAGAUAACUUUACGGUACAAUCGAUCGAAUUGCCUCGGCGAGUUGAUCCACAGUUAUCUCGAGGUAGUCCUGGGAGCGAGCGCAUGAGUGACUACCUCAACAAUGAACCCACAGAAGAUGACAUCGGCCAACAUUCAGAUUUCUUCCCUGGUUUCCUGGAAAAUCUUGAAGCGGGAACCGGAGAGCAUGAUAUGACUUUGGAAGCAUUCGAAGCAGAUCAGACCCGGCGGAUGACCGAAGGUAGAGGAAGCGAUUUCGAUCUAGACAUUCCUGAAGGAUUGGACGAACAAACGGUCUUCCAAAUGUCUGACCCAGCCAACGACAUCCAGCAAACAUCGCCUAUCGUUGAUCAAUCAGUCACAGAAGCCAGAGGUGACGAAGUUCAGGCUCCUCAACAGGACGUAAUGCUUGACUCUGACUCUGAUCGUGGAGCUGCAGAGUUUGGCAUGGAUGGCUGGGACUAUAACGAUGGUGGUGUGGACGAUCACAGCUCAAUAAAUGAAGAACAGGAACCAACUUUGGAGCCAACAGUCACAGCGACAGUACGUAACAUGCCUGCUGACGACAGGCUACCUCGUGGUUUGAAAGCAAAUAAAAAGCGAAAGCGGAUCUCACAACAUGGCAUCGAAUACCCAUCGCUACCUCCAGCUUUUGUCAAGAGGGUAGCACAGACAGCUUUACAAUCAUCAGGUCUGACAAACCAGCGUCUUUCAGCCGAAACGCUAGAUGCUCUCAUCCAAUCUUCAGAAUGGUUCUUUGAGCAAUUAGGUGACGAUCUAGGAGCGUAUGCAGAUCACGCCAAGCGCAAAACUAUCGAAGAGAGCGACGUCUUCACACUCAUGAAAAGGCAACGCCAAAUCGGACCUCGUUCUUCCAUGUUCUCUUUAGCACAGAAGCACCUCCCAAGAGAACUUCUUCAGGAGCUGAGAAUGCCUGUGCCGCAGCCCAUCAAGCAACGCAAGGCAAAGCGUGUGUCGGAUCAAGGUGACGAAAGAGAGGUUGCAGAGUAUACGUGA